AUGUCGCUGUACGUGGGGGCCGCCAACACCAUAUUCCUGUUCGUGGCCGUCUGCACCGCAUAUGGCAUCGGGUCAUGCGCCGUGGGGCAGACAGCGCGGCUGCCGCUGGUGGCAGAGGCGGCUGAGUCGCAGAUGCGCGACUGA